GCAGGCUCUGGCUGGUGUGAGCCCUGGCUGAGGUGGCAGAAGGGAAGCUGGGCCCUCCACAGCAGCACUGCCCUGGUGUACCUGCCUCCUGCCCAGGGCUGUGCUGCCUUGCCAAGAGGACAGGGAAGAAAGUGGUGUACGUCUCCUGGACUGUGCUGCCUCAGAAGGGUGGAUGCCCUGUUGCUUCCUGCUUCAGGGCUGGAGAUGGAGUGGUGCCUGGGACAGUCUUCCUGGGUGGCACAGAGCACUGUGCUCAAGCCCCUUUCUGUGGAUGUGCAGUGUCUGAUGUGAAGAGGAGCUCCCAUGGCAACUAUAGUGAGGCUAAUGCAGGGACAGCAUUAGCCUAGGGAAGCACUGAGGGUCUUUCCUGGGCAGCCGAGAUGAUUGCAGCCACAUGCCAGGAAUGGGUGGCAGAGGGCCUAGGCUGUCUGCCCUACCCUGAGGGCUGGCACACAGCCAGAGUCAAGUGCUGCUCAUCCAGCAGCACAAGGUUGCAUGGUUGCCUGGGCUGCCAAUGUGGGCACAAUGGAGCAGUCUGGAGUGGCACAAGAGUGGUGAAAACCCGGUGGCAGGAGAACAGAAGGCACCUCAAUUGUGACAAGAGCUUGUUCUUCAUGCACUGGCAGCUCACCGUGGUGGGUGAUUAGCAUCAGUGGCAGCCUGGGGCCUGGAGGGAGACAGGUGUGCUGACAGUACAUCUGGCUCAGGGAGAACAGCCCCAGCCUCGGCUCCUCCUUUGUGGUCCUUGGCAGCUGCAGAUUACUUGUGAGAGCUGGGUGGACAUCUACCCUCUGUUGUGCAGCAGCUCUAACUCCUCAAAUCAACUGCUUCAGCCACAGGCUCUCUCUCAAGCUGUGAAAUGAAAUAGUGACUUUUUGCCAUGGCAUCCCCUCUCCCAGCACUGAAGCACCAAGCUUACUGUCCUUGCAGGAUGCCAGGCACCAGGAAACACCCACAGACCACACAGACUUGCUGGGCUGGGUAAUGUGGUGCUGAGCAGAGGCUCCCCAAAGGUGCUCUCAAUUCUGUCCAUGAAUGGCUGUCACUGGGGCUUGUCUGGGAAGAAUCACAAUCUCUACACCAUCAAGUGGAGACAACAGGCCCUAGAAGGGCUCAGCACCCCAUGUCAGUUGCCUCUAGGAGAGCAAACCUUUGGUGGGGAAAAGGCCUCUCUGGGAAGAAAAGAAUGGGGUCACCAACACCCCAAUCUCCUUGAAGGGUUCUCUUGGGUUCAGGGGUGCUGUGGCCCUGACUCCCUUUGCCAGGACCCUGCUGCAGGCCUGAGCAUGGGAAAUUCUCACUGUCUUGGUCCAGAUAUCCUCAGUGCAUUUUCUUGGCUUAUCAGCUCCUUCUCACAGCACCCAGCUCACCAGUGAUGCUGGAGAGCAGCUGCCAGGCAGGCAGACUAGACACAGAACCUUCUACUGGGGUGGCAGCAGCUGUGGGCCAGGAACUGGGCAGAUGUAUGCCAUGCAGGGGGAUCCCUGCUGUCUUCGUCACUGCCCCCUCCUGAGUGGCAGGUUUGCUUUAAAGACCCUGGCUUCCUUUUAUUACUUCCCCUCUCAGAUUGCAGCCGGCUGCAAGGCUAUUUUUAGCAGCCCGCCUUCUAAAAAUAGCUCUGAGCUGUUUGGAGUUGCGUCACAAGAGGUAACUCUCUCCAUGAGUGGCUUGGCCUCUGCACCCCAGGAGGAUACAAAAGGAGGCCAGGAGCAGAGGGGUCAGCAGGUUCAGCCACAGCCAGAAGCGAAGGAGGCAGCAGUUCAGGCCUGCCAGCUUCAGGCAUCGCAGCACCAGCAGUAUGACCAUCUUCUGCAGCCACUGCCACCAGCCCCUGCAGGCAGAGAUGAGCUGCCUGCCCAGGAGGGGCAAGCAGGCGCCCAGGGCCUCAAGGCCAUUCAGGUCAACCAAGAGUGCCUCCAAGGCUCGCCGGGACCAGAUCAAUGCAGAGCUGCAGGCAUUGCGUUCCCUGCUGCCCAUCUCCAUGCAGGAGAAGGAGCGGCUCUCCUACCUCCACACCAUGGCCCUGGUGUGCCUCCGGCUGCGGGGGGCUCAGCUGUUCCCUCCAGGCUCAGCUCCUCCUGCUGAACCGGCCCUCGGCACAGAGCUACUCUCCCUGCUCCCGGGGUUUCUACUUGUGCUGUCAGCCAGUGGAAAGCUGGUCUACAUCUCAGAGAACGUGGCUCAGGUCCUGGGCCUUUCCGUGGUGGAGCUGCUCGCCCAGGGGGACACGGUCUUUGACAUCCUGGAUGGGCAAGCAUGUGAGGAUGUGUACAAGAAGCUCCUCCUCGCCCAGAAGGAGCCUGGCAGGGAAGUCACUUUUGUCAGUGAGAUGUGCACGUCCAAGGCCUUCCGGCUGAAGCACGGAGGGAAUCGGGUCGUGACAGUGUGUGGGCGCUUUGUGGCCCUGAGCUGGCCACCCUCCCCCUCCACCACAGCCUUCCUGGCACUCUGCUCACCGGUCAUGCAGUCGCCUGCAGAUGGCGAAGGUGGUUCCCAGGAUGACAUAUUCCAGAGCACGCACAUCCUAGACAUGACGUUUAUUGAUGUCACGGAGAGUGUCACCUACCACCUUGGCUACCGCAGGGAGGAGCUAGUCGGUCAGUCCUGGUACAGCCUCCUGCACCCUGAGGAUGCUGAUCUGGCAGCUGCCCAGCACAGGGCCGUGGCGCUCGGGGCCGGCGCCGGGCCCGCCUCGGGGACCGCGGUGCUGCGGGUGCUGCGCCGGGACCGCGGUGCUGCGGGUGCUGCGCCGGGACCGCGCCUGGGCCUGGCUGCGAGUGUGGGCGAGGCGGGACGGCGGGGGCCGCUGCAUCUCCUGCACCUGCACCUGCCUCAGGUGAGGGGGCUCCGGGGGGGGUGGCGGGGACCGCCGCAUCACCUGCCGCCCCUGACCCCUUGUCCCCGCAGGGAGGAGGAGGCGGCCCACCUGCGCUCCCGGCAGCCCCGCGCCGCCGCCCCGCCGGCGGGCCCGGAGCUCAGCCGUCUCGCCGCGCAGCUCCGCGCCCUCGCCGACCGCCUCUCGCCGACCGCCUCUGCCCCGCCCGCGCCAAGACCCCCGCCCCUUCCCGAGGAAGGCGAUGCCGAUUCCUCUGACUGUCUUGGGAACUCUCUACUGAACCCUCCCCAGUUCCUCCCCUCUCCUUUUAACUGGGGAGCGGUGAGAAAAUUGGAUGCAACAUUCCAAGUGUGCCCUCACAGGUCUCAAGUCUACAGAGACACUGACAUCCCUUGGUGUGCUGACUGUAUCUCUCCUAAUGCAGGCCACUGUAUGUAACUCCAUCUCCGUUCAGACAGUCACUGCUAAGACCUUCGCAAUUCAAGGCGAUGGCAAACCCUCAUUUUACACAGUUGGUGUUCGUGUUAGAAACCUUGGUCAGGCUGUGAUACAAUCCAGCAUCAAGAUGACUCAGUUCGGCAGUGCAGAGGGAUCUCGAUCUUGCACUUCACCAUUUAUUGACGAAUUAGCUGGAUAUCACCAGAGUGCGUACGUGACCUGUUCCUCACAAAGGAACGAUUUUUGCUUAAAAAUGACGCCAAUAAAACCCGCUCCCCCACGUG